UUUUUUUUUUUGUAUUUUCACAUUUUAAUUAAAAUUCCGAUUUCUGAUUUCCAAAUUCAGUGUUUGGGUUUUGUUUUUUUGAAUAAAUUAUUCUUUGCUUGCUUUGGUAACUCUCAUUCAUUUCCGUAAUUCCAAAUACAAAAAGCUAAUUUCUCAUUCUCUCUCUCUCUCUCUCUCUCUCUCUCUCUCUGUUCCUCCCCUCUCUUCAAUCAAUGGCGCUUCUUGAGCUUCACCAACAAAACCCACACUCUUCUUCUUCUUCUUCUCCUCCUUCUUCCAGGAGGACUAGAAAGCGCAAAAGGAAACACCACCCAAAAAGGCUUCUUCUUCAUCAAAGAGUAGAGGUGAGGAGUGAAGAAGAUGGUUUUCUGGGGUCUUGGCAUUCCGGUACUGUGAUUUUAUGUGACAAGCAAGGCCAUCGUCACGUGAAAUAUGAUCAUCUUCUUGCUGAUGAUGAGUCUGAUAAUCUAGUUGUUGUUGUCUCUGUCUCACCCAUUUUAAAUGGCAUUGACUCUGGCUGUAGGAAAGGGUCCGAGUACCGUGGGAAUAUAAGGCCAUUGCCACCUCCGGUUGAGUGUACGAAGUGGUGCCUACAAUAUGGACUAUGCGUGGAUGUGUAUUACAAAGAGGCUUGGUGGGAAGGAGUGAUUUUUGAUCACAAUGACGGUUCAGAGGAGAGGAAGGUUUUCUUUCCGGACUUAGGUGAUGAGCUGAAAAUUGGAAUUGACACAUUGCGGAUUACUCAGGACUGGAAUGAGGUUACUGAGAAUUGGCAGCAACGAGGGACUUGGAUAUUUCUUGAGUUAAUUGAGCAAUAUAGACAGGAGAAAUACCUUGCUGUUUCAGCAGAGCAAAUGUGGUAUGAUGUACGGGAAAAAGACGGUUUCAAAUCACUAAGGGAGUGGACUUCUACCAUAAGAGAUUUAUGGGAAGAGCUGGUUUUGGAGGUUAUUGAUGAUAACUUAAAAAUUGCUGUAAAGGAACUUGUAUUAAAAGUUUCUGAGUGCUUUCUUUUGGAAAACCAUCUAGCUUUGCAGUUGACACAAACUGCUGCAAAUGUUAAUAUGGAUCCUGAAGAAGAACUGGUUGAAUCUUAUUCUAAUAACCCCAUUGACAACCUUUUGAAUGGUUAUGGAGUGAUUGAUCAUGAAGCAAUUGAAAAAAAUGUAUUGGAUUUUAGUGCUGGGGUUAUUGCUGUACCACUUAAAAGUUGUGACUUGCCUUCUGAUCCAUCUUCCCUGGAAAUGGGCAUGUAUAAGUUGAUUUCUGGAAUGGAGUGUGAUGGACGAACUACAAACUAUAUGACUGAUGCAACCACAUCUGACCAAGAUAAAGGGAUGUGCGUGCAACCUCAAGCUUUGUCAGCAUCACCUUCUAAACUCGAUGGAAUUUCUAGUGCUGUUUCUUUCCCUCAUGGUGAAGGCCUUUCUAAUAAUAAUGCCAAAGAUCCGAAAUUUUCAACACGCAAAAGUCGGUUAAAUUGGGUGCCUGUUAGCUCAAAGGUAGAAUUCUGUCCAAAUGUUGUUGAUCAAUAUUAUUCUCUUUAUUCUAGAAGGGUUUCUCUUAAACUUCAAAGAUCUAUUCAGACAGAUGUUUGGAAGCAUCUUUUGUAUAUAGGAUGGAAAAUCGAGUAUGUGAAAGAUAAGAAUCAUAACAAGCUUAGAUAUCGGUACACAUCACCUGAUGGAAAAUGUUAUGAUUCUCUUUUUCAAGUGUGCAAGCGCUUGAAAUCUACCAGGGAUCUGGUUUCUUCAAUUCCCCAAGGUGAUGAAAAAAGUUCACAUGCUUCAUCUGAUGAAAAAUUGUCAUCUCCACAACUUGAAGGACCACAAGGGAGUCAGGAUCCUGAUUCUUGUUCCCAGAAUGUGGUGUCUCCUUAUUCCCGCAUGGUUGUCAAACCAAAAUGUUGCCCUCAAGCAGUUUUUGAUUACUAUCUGCAUGAACUAGAAAAGAGCUGCAAGAAGGACGUAAAAAAUAUGAAAUUAAAAGCAAUGAGACACCUCUGUUCACUGGGAUGGUUGUUCUGGUCGUCAAAUAUGGGACAAAAGAAUGAGUUGUGCUGUGAGUCACCUACAGGAGUGAUGUAUGGUUCGCUUGAAGCUGCAUGCAAAGACUAUAUGGAUGGAUAUUUUAACUCUAAAAGUGCUGGUUCUAUCUGUAGACCUAUAAAAAGCAUAAAUUUCAGUGGAAGCCAUUUGACUAGCAAUGAACCAUCUUCUGCUGCAAAUAGAGUUAACUUUCAGGAAAACUUGGGAUUGCCAAUAGCGCUUUCCAAAAAAAUUUCUGGUGAGUCUUCUUGUGUGGUAAAUUUAUUUAAACAUAUGGAUCUCCGUGAAGUUAAACGGCUUGGAAAAAUUAGAUGGAAGAGAAAUGAUGACUUAUUGGAUGAUGAACCUCUCAUACUUCAAAUGCAGACUAACUUAUUUGCUAUAAAUGGAUUAAAAGAUGAUGGAAAAAAUGGCUUAAAAGGUGAUGGAAAACUAGGGCACCAGAAGGAUCAAAUUGCCCCCCUGCCAAAUUUGAAAAGACGAAAGACACGUGGAGCCCUCAGCAAGUUAGGAGAUGGUAUAGAUGAUAAUCAGCCUACACAUGUAUUGUCAAGCAAAUGUAUGCAACAGGUUGUUCUCCCUACGUCCUCAUGCCACAAUCCUCAGACUAUUCUAUCUUGGUUGUUAUACAAGAAAGUGGUGUCACCAAGGAAGAAAGUCUCUUAUCAUAUCAGAAAGGAUAGUAAUCCAAUGGCACAAGGGAGGAUAACUGCUGAAGGUGUCAAGUGCAACUGUUGUAAAAAGGUAUUUACUCUUAGUAGCUUUGAAGUCCAUGCUGGCAGUACUUGCAAGAGACCUGCUUCCAAUAUUUAUUUGGAAGAUGGGAGGUCUCUCUUAGACUGCCUGAUACAAAUGAUUGGCAACUGUAAGCAAAGCUUCAAAACAGAACCGCAUAAUGGGUUAAAGGGAAAUUGGCUUCAAGGUGAGAGUGAUUACAUUUGUUCUAUUUGCCACUAUGGUGGUGAAUUGAUCUUAUGCGAUCAAUGCCCAUCAUCUUAUCAUAAGAAUUGCCUUGGUCUAAAGGAAAUUCCAGAUGGUGAUUGGUUCUGUCGAUCUUGCUGCUGUGGAGCUUGUGGACAAAGCAAAUUACAAGAUGACUCAGAGCAAGCUUUGGAUGGAAGUUUUCUUACCUGUGGUCAAUGUGAGCGCAAGUAUCACAUCAGGUGCAUGGGGAAUAGACAGGUAGCUAAGAUAGAAAGUUAUCCUACAGGAAAUUGGUUUUGCAGAAAAAAGUGUAAAAAGAUAUUUUUGGGGCUGCAAAAUCUUCUAGGAAAACCAAUGCCGGUGGUUACUGAAAAUCUUACUUGGUCAUUAUUGAAGCCCGUGAAGGCUCAUAAUUGUGAGACCAUUGCACCUGAUAUCGAUGCCUUGACGGAGAAUCUCAACAAGCUCAUUGUUGCUCUCGGUGUUUUGCAUGAGUGUUUUGAGCCUGUCAAGGAGCCUCAUACCAGAAGAGAUCUUGUUGAAGAUGUUGUUUUCUCUAGAGAGUCAUACCUUAAUCGUCUGAAUUUCAAAGGGUUCUAUACAGUUAUUUUGGAGAAAAAAGGUGAAUUGAUAACUGUUGGUACUGUAAGGGUCCAUGGGAAGGUGGCAGAAAUACCUCUUAUUGGCACAAGAUUCCAAUAUCGUAGACUUGGAAUGUGUUGCAUAUUGAUGAAUGAACUUGAAAAGAAGCUUGCAGAAUUAGGAGUAAAGAGAUUGGUGUUGCCUGCAACUCCUACCAUGCUAAACACAUGGACUUCAUCAUUCGGGUUUUCACGGAUGACAGCUUCUGAGAGAUUGCAGUUUUUGGAUUAUACUUUCCUGGAUUUCCCGGAUUCUAUAAUGUGCCAGAAACUUUUAGUGAAGAACCCUUAAACUGAAUUGAGCCUGCUGGAAGGAAUCCAGACUGAAUUUCAUGAUGAAAUCGGUGAAAGUGGUAAUAGCAUUUGAUGUGAUUCCGCCCGAGCCCGUUCCACCGAUAACCCGCUGUGGUACUGAUUCGACACGGAUGAAGACUAGGCCAAUCACAAGAGCUCAAAUUAAGAGAUUUAAGGACAACCUGGGAGUAUUUAUCACUUAACUACGAAUUUAAAGAUAUCAACCACAAUAUUAAAAAAAAAAAAUAGAAAUAUUAAAUUGAAAACUAUUUCAAAUAGUUUAUAAAAUGAAGGGCAUUUUGAUAGAAGUUUAUUUUGAUAAAUGUUUAUCUUUUUUUUAAAAAAAAUUUAUAAUUGUAAAUUACUAUUGUCAUAUUCAUUCAUAAUCUAUAUAUAUUUGAUUUUUUAAACAAUAAAUGUAAAUGUUAUCAAACAAACUCUAAGAGGGAUAUAUUCAAUUAGAAAUUUGAUGAAUUUUAAAAAAGUUAAUAUGUUUAAUAGAAUUUAUGGAUUUUUUUAGAGUUCUGUAAGCUCCAUAUGAAUUUAAUCAGAAUCCUAUACAGAGUUUGAUAAAGUUUGUGAAAUUUAUAUUAUAGACUUUAAUAGAUUUUUAUGGAAUUCUAGUGGUUUAAAAAAAAAAGAUUUUCCAUAUAAUUUAUUUUACUAUUUUGGUGAAUAAUAUAAUUUAUUUUAGUAGAACAACUAUACCAUAAGCAUAGUUUUUUUUAUUGUUAUUAUUAUUUUUUUAAUCAUAUCAUAAGUAUUGUUGAACACUUAUGAUAUAAGAUAAAUUAAUAAAUAUUAACAAAUAGUUAAACAACAUACACAUACACAUGAAUAAUAUCAUUCUUGAAAUAUUUUUUAAAAAAAUGAAAAAUAGAAAAAAAAAAAACACUAACAAGAUGAAUUAAAAUAAAAUUAAAUAAAUCCAAUUUUCUAAACUCUAAAAUCUAUCAAAAAAUCCACCAUAACCCAAAUAACAGUCGAAAAGCAAAUCACAGUAAAAUUGGAAGUGAAAGGAGAUAGAACAAAACUUAGAUAAGCAAAAAAAAAAUAAAAAUAAAAAAAUAAUAAGAAUCCCAAUUGGGUUUUUUGGGUUUGUUGGAAUAGUUACAUUAAUGAAUAACGUGGGUAUUACUGUUCAUUAUCCUUUAACCAAAGGAUUUGAGAUUGGGCGGCGGAUGCUGGGAAUCUUCAUUUUUAUAUGCCUUACAUGUAUUCAAAUAAUCAAAUCAAACUUUUAUGUAUAUUAUAUUAAAUAAAAAUAAACGAAUUACCUCUUCUUUUAUGUGGACCAUAAUUUUAGGGGAUGUACUCUUCUUUUUAUUUUGCAGAGAAUAGCAGUUAAAAAUAAAUAAAUAAAUAAUAGCAAGUCAAGAACAGCAGUGACUUGACAUUCACCGAAAAGAAAAAAAAUGAAUGACCCGAUGCAUAUAAAGAACACAUAUAAGAAAAAAGCAGAAAAAAUUGAACCAUAUCC